AUGGCUGUUGUAAGGCGUAACAUGAGUGUCUGUUGUAAAGUAUUACUAGAAGCACAGAAAGAAUUGGUGGACUACAAAGGACUUGGUAUAAGUGUUCUUGAAAUGAGCCAUCGGACCUCAGAUUUCUCAAAAAUUUUAAAUACAGCUGAAAAUCUCCUGCGUGAAUUACUAAAUAUACCAGAAAACUACAAAGUUAUUUUCCUCCAAGGAGGUGGAUCUGCUCAGUUCAGUGCAGUCCCACUUAAUCUGAUCGGUUUAAAGGAGAAAAGACAUGCAGAUUAUGUGGUUACUGGAGCCUGGUCAGCAAAAGCAGCUAAAGAAGCAGAGAAAUAUGCCAAAGUGAAUAUUGUUCAUCAAAAACUAGGAGCCUAUACAAACAUUCCCGACCCAAGCACUUGGAAUCUUAAUCCAGACGCGUCCUAUGUCUAUUACUGUGCUAAUGAGACUGUUCAUGGUGUGGAGUUUGACUUUGUACCUGAUGUCAAAGGAGCAGUCUUGGUUUGUGAUAUGUCAUCAAACUUCUUGUCCAGACCUGUGGAUGUUUCCAAGUUUGGCGUGAUUUUCGCUGGUGCUCAGAAGAAUGUCGGCUGUGCUGGAGUUACCGUUGUAAUAGUACGUGAGGACCUGCUGGGAUUUGCACUGAAGGAAUGCCCUGUAGUUCUGGAUUACAAAACACAAGUGGCGAAUGGCUCUUUGUAUAACACUCCACCGUGCUACAG